AUGGGUUCUCUUCCUGUUCCCGAGGGCAUGAGAGUUCUUGUUUGCCCUUCUGGAUUCAAGGGAAGCUUAGAGCCAGACGUUGCCGCUGACUGCAUCGAAGCCGGAAUUCUAGCUGUACUGCCAGAGGCAUUCGUCCGCAAGGUUCCCCUUGUCGACGGAGGCGAGGGUUUCACUCGUGCCCUUGUAUCGGCGACCAGUGGCACGCUUCACCCUGUCACCAUCACGGGCCCCGUUGGCAUCCCGAUUGCAUCCUUCUUCGGUAUCUUGGGUAGCAACAACCCCGAUACGCCAAAGACUGCCGUCAUCGAAAUGGCAGCAGCGGCUGGCCUGACUCUCGUGCCUGCUAACCUCCGCAACCCGGGUCUUACCACGACUUUUGGAGUCGGCGAACUUCUAGCCGCUGCUUUGAGCGCUGGUGCGAAGCGGAUCGUCGUCGGAUGCGGUGAUUCGGGCACCUGUGAUGGCGGCGCAGGAAUGCUCCAGGCGCUUGGCGCUCGACUUAUUGACGAGGAUGGACAUUCGCUCCCCAUUGCUGCCGGGGGCGAGUCCCUUCUGCGUUUGAGGAACAUCGAUCUUGGCGGCAUCGACAAGCGUGUUAAGGACGUCACCAUCGAGGUCGCCGUCAACUGGAACAAUGUUCUCUCUGGCCCCGACGGCGUUGCCAGAGUCUUUGGAGCGCAAAAAGGCGCCAGCGAAUUGCAGACAGAACGUCUUUCAGCAGCCAUGGAAGUCCUCGCCGUCGUGGCUGGCCGCUUCCUCUGCGACGACAACGUGGGCCUCUCGCCCGGUGGAGGGGCUUCUGGAGGGCUGGGCACCGGUUUGCGGCUGGUCGGCGCCAAGCUCCGGCCAAGAUAUGAGGUGGUGGCGGAGUAUGUCGAUUUUGACGGCCUCUUCACCGACUGUGACCUGGUGCUCACGGCCGAAGGGGGCAUCGACGACCAAACUCCGCGGGGCAAGAUUCCCGCAGAGAUUGGCGUGCGCGCGAAGAAGCACGGCUUGCCUGUCAUCGCUAUCGCGGGGACCAUAGGGCCAGGAGCGCGGGUCAACUACGACGUUGGGAUCGAUGCGUACACGUGUAUCUUGCAGCGACCAUCCACGCUGGACGAGGCCAUCCUGGACGCGGAGGUUCUGACACGCGAGAGCGCCGAGUGCGUCAUGCGGAUGAUUGUCGUGGGCCAGGCGUUGGGGUCCAAGAAGGGUUUGCCCAUGGCGCAGCAGCCGGCUUCGACAUGUGUUUAGAGAUGUUUCUGAUUGAUUGUUGUUUUGAGCUGCAAUGUAGCCAAGACUGGACCGUUAAUUGGGAGACUGGACGGGUUUAGUGUACGCCAGUAAGGAACAGGGAUGUGAUCUAGACUUUUGUUUUUGACCGACAUGAGAAUAUGAAAGAAUGACCGCUAGCAGCCCUGAAAUGAGAUAUUUUUCAAGACUUGGCAUGAAUCAGAAAUCUUAUUGAGAAGGGAGAUGUGACUGGCGGGAGAAUGCACCAGCCAAGACGCUUGGUGUGGCGAUGCAGACUGUGAGCUGGCUGUCCAGGGGCAAGAUUGGAGAUCAAGUGAACGAUGAGAGUAGUAAACAGGAUUAUGUCAUGUAAGAAUCGGACGAUUAACGUGAUUUAGGUUUGAAGGGAUG